AUGGAAAGUAACCAAACAAACAAUGGAAGCAGUGGAAAUGCCGCUGUGAACAAGGGAGGUCGCUACGUGCCGCCACCUCUCCGCAACGCCAACGGAAAUAACGACUCCGCGCCGGCUGCCGGGGGCGACGAUCGUCGUUCCGGCGGAUCUUCGGGAGGUUACCGUCGUGGCGGAGGAUCCGGAAGUGGUGGCGGCGGCUUUGAUCGUGGAUACAACGACAACCGCGGAGGCGGAAACAGCUACGGAAGAGACCGUUACGAGGAUCGCGGCGGUUACAGUUCCGGAGGCGGACGCGGCGGAUUCGGAGGCGGCAGCGGACGCGGCGGAAGCUCGGGCGGAUACAAUAACCGUCCGGAUCGAGGCGACGAAGGAUUCAGCCGCGGUGGAGGCCGUGGCGGAUACAGCAAUCGCGAUUCGUACGAAGACAGAGGAUCCGCGCGAUCUUCCUUUAACGGCGACAAUCGCCGUCCGGAUCGUGCUGGCGAUGCGUAAGUGAACAUUGCUAGCUGGUUUUCGCCUUUUUGCGUGCUGUAACGCGGUGUCGGCAGACUCCCAUUGUCAACCGUAACCGCCAAGCUCGACCUCCUGCGCUUCUGAAAAUUGCCGAUUUGAAUGAAAAAACGCGUUUUUUUUUUUGCCAAUUCCGCUGAUUUUUCAUCCGAUUUCGACAAAGAAAUUUUAAAAUUUGUCGAAAUCCGAUGACAGCACGCAAAAAGGAACAAUAUACUGAAAAAUACUUUUAUUUUUGCAGACCUUCUCGCUGGUCGAACCUGGACGCUCCGCCGACGAGAAGCGAGCGCGCGCCGUCGAGAUGGGAAGAUCGUGGGCCGCGUGAGGAGCGCGUCGAGCAGGAGCUCUUCUCCGGACAGCUAUCCGGCAUCAACUUUGACAAGUACGAGGAGAUUCCGGUGGAGGCGACCGGAGACGACGUGCCGCAGCCGAUCGGCUUCUUCUCGGAUCUGAGUCUGCACGAGUGGGUCGAGGACAACAUAAAAAAGGCGGGCUACGAUCGUCCGACGCCUGUCCAGAAGUACUCGAUUCCGGCACUGCAGGGCGGCAGAGAUCUCAUGUCUUGCGCGCAGACUGGAUCCGGAAAGACGGCCGCGUUCCUCGUGCCGCUCGUCAACUCGAUCCUCCAGGACGGUCCCGACGCGGUUCACCGUUCGGUGACCAGCUCGGGCGGCCGCAAAAAGCAGUACCCGAGUGCUCUGGUGCUCUCGCCGACUCGCGAGCUCUCCCUGCAGAUUUACAACGAGUCGCGCAAGUUCGCCUACCGCACUCCGAUCACAUCAGCGCUUUUGUACGGAGGACGCGAGAACUACAAGGAUCAGAUUCACAAGCUCAGGGUUGGUCAUUUUGCAUAGAAAAUUGCCUAAAAAGCACAAUUUUCAGCUCGGUUGUCACAUCCUGAUCGCCACUCCAGGCCGUCUGAUCGACGUGAUGCAGCAAGGACUGAUCGGACUCGAAGGGUGCCGUUACCUGGUGCUCGACGAGGCGGACCGCAUGCUGGACAUGGGAUUCGAGCCGCAAAUCCGACAGAUCGUCGAGCUGAACAAAAUGCCGACGAAGGAAGAGCGCGUCACCGCCAUGUUCUCCGCCACGUUCCCGAAAGAGAUUCAGCUGCUCGCGCAAGACUUCCUCAAGGCGAACUACGUGUUCCUGGCUGUCGGACGAGUCGGUUCCACGUCGGAGAACAUCAUGCAGAAGAUUGUGUGGGUGGAGGAGCACGAGAAACGAUCCUACCUGAUGGACCUGCUCGACGCCACCGGCGACAGCUCUCUGACGCUCGUGUUCGUCGAGACGAAGAAGGGUGCGUCGGAUUUGGCGUGGUAUCUGAACAGACAGGAAUACCAGGUCGUCACCAUACACGGAGAUUUGAAGCAGUUCGAGCGAGAGAAACAUCUCGACCUUUUCCGGUUCGUAGCCUUUUUUUGUAUUUAGAACUUUUUUUUAAAUGUAGGAGAUGUAGAAAUAGCUCAAAAUUGAAUUAAAAUGUUCCAAUCGUCAAUAUUUGCAGUACGGGAACAGCGCCGAUUCUGGUGGCGACGGCGGUCGCCGCGCGUGGUCUUGAUAUACCGAAUGUGAAGCAUGUGAUCAACUACGAUCUGCCGUCGGACGUCGACGAGUACGUGCACCGCAUCGGGCGUACCGGACGCGUCGGAAACGUCGGACUCGCCACCUCGUUCUUCAACGACAAGAACCGCAACAUCGCGCGCGAGCUGAUGGAUCUGAUUGUGGAGGCGAACCAGGAGCUGCCCGACUGGCUUGAGGGCAUGUCCGGAGACCUCAGAAGCGGCGGCGGAUACCGCGGACGCGGCGGUCGCGGAAACGGAAAUCGCUUCGGAGGUAAGACUGCAGAAAGUUACACUGUUCACGAUUUUCUCAAGAUCUUUGUAUAUUCCGGCACAAAAAAUGGAAAAUUCAUAUUUUCAUGUGUUCCUAAUGUUUCUUAUUGUGUGCUGUCGCUCAGUGUACACAAACUCGUGUUAUCAAUCAUAACCGUCAAGCUCCGCCCGUCCGUCUUUAAAACUUGCAUAUUUGCGUGAAAACGCGCGUUUUGUGCUAAUUGUGCUGAUUUUCUAUCCGAUUUCGAGAAAUUCUCUCAAGAAAUCAAAUGGAAAAUCAGUGGAAUUUGCACAUAACGGUUGUAUUCAUCCAAAUCAGUAAUUUUUAGAGGCAUCGGGGCAAAGUUUGGCGGUAACGGUUUGCAAAACAAUUAUGUGUACAGUGUACACAGCACUCAAGAACAAUUGUUGUUGUGGAAAUACCUUUUCGAAACACGUUUAAGUCUGAAUAUCACUUUGUCUCGCUCCUAAAUGUUCUAAAAUCUUUGUAUUUUUCCAGUUGUGGAAAAAACAUCUGUUUUAAAAAAAUGUACUAAAUUGUCUUUGCAGGUCGCGAUCACCGUUACCAGGGCGGCGGAGGCGGCGGCGGACAGGGCGGAAACGGAAGCGGCAACGGAGGCGGCGGAUUCGGCGGCGGCGGACAGCGUUCCGGAGGCGGCGGCGGAGGCGGAUUCUCAUCGAACAGCCGUCAGCAGCAGCAGCAGCGUUCUCAGCCGGCUCAGGAUUGGUGGGGGUAG